CAUGCGGGGAAUACUAUUUUGACUCGAGGGUAGCGGCCUUGCAUUCUGGUUUUCUCAAUCUGCAUUCAGUUUAUUCAUUUACUAUUGCCAAUGGAGCAAUACAUGCCAACAUUUGACAUUGGCGUUAACGAUCGUGGCUUGUUCUUCUGACUGACUCAAUCGAUUUGCCAAGAUGCCUGUAGCACUAAGUGAGUGGAGGGUCCGAAUCGGAACAUUCGUUCAUUGGAUUAGGGAGUAUGAGGUUCAGGAGAGGAGAGAAAGAUUGCUUAAAGAAAGGAUUCGAAGACUGAAGGUUCUUUGCGAGAGACUUGAAGCAAAAAGGGGUGAUUCUGGAGAGGAGUCUGAAGAUGACAAAAGCAGACAAGAUGGCCCUGAUCCCAAGGGAUGUCCUCAUAAAACUGUGAACAUUCGGUCAUCAGGAAAUUCAUCAGUUAUCAAGGAUUUACUAACUUCAUGUGAUCAGUGCAUACAAGAUUUAUUAACAGCAAGUGAUUCUCAUAUCAAGGAGAUACUCACUCCUUCUGGUAGUAGCAUCAAAGAACUCAUUACCCCAAAUGACUGUAGCAUCAGAAGUCUAAACUCAUUGAAUGGUCCGACUAUCAAAGAUAUAAUCACACCAAAUGAUUCUGGUAUCAAAGAGCUAACUUCGACAAAUGAUUCUAGAAUCAAAAAUCUGGUCAAGGCAAAUGACGAUUCUAGAAUUCAAGAUCUAGUCAAGGCAAAUGAUGAUUCAAGAAUCCAAGAUUUACUUACAACAAAUUAUUCUAGUACAUGUAUCAGGGAUCCAAUUACACCAAGAUAUUGUAGUAUAAAAGAUUUAACUUCAUUAAAUGCUUCCAGUAUCAAAGAUCUCAUCACACCUAAUGAUUCUAGCAUCAUAGAUCUAAUCACGUCGGAAUAUUCUAAGGUCAAGGAACUAAUCACAUCAAAUGAUUCAAAAAUCAAUAGUCUACUAAGUCCAAAUAAGACCAACAUUAAACGGCUAAUACAGCCGGACGAUGACUAUAUUGAAGAGCAGCUUGCACGUACAUGUACAUCAGAUGAUGAAAGCAUAGAGCAUGAUACCCAAGUUGGUGAUUCUGAAGAACAGCAUAUGUCUGAUAUUUCAAUUUCACCGCGUCAUAGUCUGUCAGACGCUUCCGUGAUGGAGCUACUCACAUCCUCCAAUUCGUCCACGAAAGACCUUCGGACUCCAACAGAUGAUUUGAAUGCUUAUCUCAUCAUAAAGACUUCUAACAUCAAAGACCAUGAAACCCAAUCAGAUGGCUCUGUGAAAGAGCUACCAUCACCUGGUUCAGGAACCACAGUAUGCCAAACCUUUGCACCAUGUGAUGAUCUCCUGGUGGAGCUCCUAAAACCAACUGUGUAUGCAAGCAAAGAUCUUCCUUCAAUUGACCUUUGUUGCCAUGAACCUGACAGACAAAAUGAGCCAUUUUCUGAAGAGAGUCACAAACUACCUCAUUUCGUGGGCAAAGAUCAACAUCCUCAACCUGAUACUUUCACCAAGGAAGCAACUGAUGAUGAAGUCUUCAAGGAGCAUCAGACAUCAUCGGGGAGCUGCAAGGAGUCACAGACUGAAACCAGUAUUCCCAUGGCAGUCGAACGCAGUCCGAUGGUGGUUCCGUUCAUCUCAAGAAAAUACUGCAUCAGCGACAGAUAUGGAGAGAAACAGAUGGGAGAAUCCGCAUCAUCUUGUCAUGGACCGUCCUUGAAGUCAAAGACAGAUUUGAUCUCUGGACAGAUUCCUCCUCUCUCCGAACUGCUCCUCUUGAAAUCUGGUGAUGUAGAGCUCAACCCAGGCCCUCGUGAAGCGGCUGGGUGGAGCUUGGACUUGGAGAGAGAGUUGCUGUUAUUGGUAGAAGACGUUUCGCCGCAACACUACUAUCAAUUGUGCCAUGCUCUAGAUGUCUCCCAUGCACGAAGUAAAAUGAUUUUAACACAUAACCUCUUAGAUGUGUCCAAAUCACUGCUUGAAGUCAUCUGCACCUGGGGAAUCAAGCAGAGGGAUGGCACUAAUUACAAGAGACUUCUAGCUGAAAAACUCAAGAGUGUACAUUUAGGUGCAUUGGGAACAAAACUAGUAGAAGGCGAGUUCGCUGUGCAAUUUAUGUAUAUAUAA